AUGUAUUCUGCUCCAGAGAACAAAACCCAAUUGGAAUGGAUUGCUGGUUUACAAAUCCCACCUGUCCCUCAAGCUAACCUAAACCCUCAAAACUUACGAAAGACUGCCAUCAUUGGUACUAUUGGUCCUAACACUAAUUCAGUUGAAAUGAUGAACAAACUUAGAGUUCAAGGUCUCAACAUUGUACGAAUGAACUUUUCUCAUGGAUCUUACGAAUACCAUCAAAGUGUGAUCGAUAACGCAAGAGCAGCUGAAGCCGCUGCUCCUGGUCGUCCUCUUGCUAUUGCUCUUGAUACCAAAGGGCCAGAGAUUAGAACUGGUUUAAUGGUCAACGGAAUUGAUAUCAAAAUCAAUGCUGGUCAUCGAAUGAAAAUCACUGUUGAUCCUGCUUAUGCUGAAAAGUGUGAUGCUGAAUACAUGUAUGUUGAUUAUCAUAACUUACCUAACAUCAUUGAGGUCAACAAACCCAUCUACGUAGAUGAUGGAAUCUUGAGUUUCAAGGGUUUGAUUUUUCAGGUAAUUGGUAAAGAUCCAUCAGGACAUGCCAUUGAUGUUGAAGCGAUUAACAACGGAACCUUAUCAUCCAAGAAGGGUGUCAACUUACCCGGUACCGAUGUCGAUCUACCAGCCCUUUCACAAAAAGAUAAAGAUGAUCUAUUAUUCGGAGUGAAGAAUAAUGUAGAUAUGAUCUUUGCAUCUUUCAUUCGACGAGCUCAAGAUGUGAUUGAUAUCCGAACAACCUUGGGAGAAGCUGGUCGAAAUAUUAAAAUCAUUGUCAAGAUUGAAAAUUUACAAGGUUGUGCAAACUUUGAUGAAAUCUUGAGAGAAACUGAUGGUGUCAUGGUCGCUCGUGGUGAUCUUGGAAUCGAAAUUCCGGCUAGUCAAGUCUUUAUGGCUCAAAAGAUGAUGAUCGCUAAGUGUAACUUGGCUGGAAAACCUUGUAUCUGUGCUACUCAGAUGCUCGAAUCCAUGACUUACAACCCUCGACCAACCCGUGCUGAAGUUUCCGAUGUGGCCAACGCUGUCUUAGAUGGAGCCGAUUGUGUGAUGCUUUCAGGAGAGACCGCCAAAGGAACAUAUCCGGAACUUGCGGUAGCGAUGAUGGCUGAGACUUGUUACUUGGCUGAAUCUACAAUCUCUUAUUCACCUCUCUUCAACAACUUGAGAUCUUUACAACCUAAACCUACUUCUACUACUGAGACAGUAGCCAUGGCAGCAGUAGCCGCAAGCUUAGAACAAAGCGCCGGUGCUAUCAUUGUUAUGUCAACCUCUGGAAACACCGCCAGACUUGUAUCAAAAUACAGACCAUCGUGCCCAAUUAUCACCAUCACCAGAUCAGCUCAAACAGCACGACAGAUCCAUUUACAUCGAGGAUGCUAUCCAUUUUAUUAUCAAGAUGCUAGACCCACCAAUGCAGAAGGAUGGCAAGCUGAUGUAGAUAAUCGAAUUAAAUACGGACUUUCAAAGGCCUUGGCACUUGGGAUUGUUAAACCUGGUGAUCAAAUUGUUGCUAUUCAAGGAUGGAGAUCUGGUUCUACUCAUACUAACGGAAAAGUAAAUGCUAAUUGA